GCAGUAAUACAAGCAGCAACAUAUUACGUCCUUUUGUCGCAGGUUAUGGGAGAUAUUUCAGUGUGGGUGUUUUAAUACGACUUCAGUUCAUGUUGAGUUUGCUAUCGUUAUAAGCAGGACGUCUUCCAAAGAGCUAACACGACUAGGAAUGGAGAAGGCAAAGAACAAAGCUCGAGUAUUCAGAGAGUCUGGAUGCUUUGAUAACAAUCAUUUUCUGUAAAUUCAUACUUCCAAUCACUGUAAGACUGUAGUUAGCUUCUUUUAAUUUGUCGGGACCGUACAUUAAGCUUCCCACAUUCUGUUGAUUCAUCAAAUGUGUGUCAACAGUAGGUGAAUGUAAAGAAAGCUUAGACUAGGAGCGAUAAACGUUAAACCUAGAUGAGGUGUAGAGCUCUGCAAAGCCAACAAAGACCGUGCCGUCGUCUCCGUUAAUGUUAUCUGAGCAGGGAGCUCAGAAGACAGUCACUUUUCUGCUGUUGACUGGCAGCGCACGUGAACACACGCCUUCCUGCUGCUUGUUUACUAUCCGGUGGAGCCAUGUGGCGUUCAGGUACACCGUAGCUCUGGUCCGAUGGCUCUAGUCUAAUCUGUACUCUGCGUCGGCGUUUGCUUGGAUCAAGCUCGGUUUUCCAGUGAUAAUGGAUGAUUCCAAGCCACGGUACAGCAAAAGGCUGCGGGCUGGUACCCGGCGGCGUUACCAUGACGAUGGUAUCUCGGAUGAGGAGAUUGAUGGAAGGAGGAUGUUUGAUCUGGAGGAGAAGGUCAACAGUCAGAGGUUCAACUCUGACCGGGUCGUUCGUAUGGAGGGAAAAGACUUGACAUAUGAGUUCAUCCAGAGAGGCGGUCUGAGGGACCCGAUCAUCUUUGAGAAGUCUGAUGGACUGGGAAUCAAGAUGCCCGAUCCUGACUUCAGUGUCAAUGACGUCAAGAUGUUUGUUGGCAGCAGACGUAUGAUAGACGUGAUGGACGUGAGCACUCAGAAGGGGACAGAGAUGUCCAUGGCCCAGUGGACACGUUACUAUGAGACCCCUCCGUCUCAGAGAGAGAAGCUCUAUAACGUCAUCAGCCUGGAGUUCAGCCACACCAAGCUGGAGAACCUGGUCAAGAGACCUGCCACAGUGGAUCUGAUAGACUGGGUGGACAACAUGUGGCCCCGCCACCUGAAAGAGAGACAGAGAGACUCAACAAACUCUAUCAAUGACAUGCAGUACCCCAAAGUACAGAAAUACUGUCUGAUGAGUGUCGAGGGCUGCUACACUGACUUUCACAUUGACUUUGGAGGGACCUCAGUGUGGUAUCACAUACUGAGAGGGAGCAAGGUGUUCUGGCUGAUUCCUCCCACCCCCCAGAACCUGGAGCUGUAUGAGAACUGGGUGCUGUCGGGGAAACAGGGAGACGUUUUCCUGGGAGACCGAGCAUCGGACUGCCAGAGGGUCGAACUGAAGCAGGGCUGCACCUUCAUCAUACCCUCAGGUUGGAUUCAUGCCGUCUACACCCCUGUGGACUCUAUGGUGUUUGGAGGAAACUUCCUGCACAGCUUCAACAUCCCUAUGCAGCUGAACAUCUGUAACAUAGAGGACCGAACGCGGGUUCCAGUGAAAUUUCGUUACCCCUUCUACUACGAGAUGUGCUGGUACGUGUUGGAGCGUUACGUCUUCAGCCUGACCAAGACCUCCUACCUCACACCAGAGUUUCAGAAACACUCGCUGGGCAUUGGCCUGAAGAAGCCGCCCGGCCCAGAUCCAGCUGGUGAGCAGGUGAAGGAGGAGGUGGAUGGAGGCAGUGAUGAAGAGGCUUCAGAGCAGCAGUCUGACAAGUCUGCAGCCAGAACACAUCUGACUCCCCUUGAGCUGGAGGGGCUGUGGAACCUGCUGGGUAAACUGGAGACUCUGCCCUCCAACAAGAAGUGUGUGCCUGCAGGGAUACACAAUGCCCCGGCGCUCAUUACACACAUCAAGGCACUACUGAAAGAACACGCCAAUGACAUUCCCAAACUGUCCUACACAGGAAAUCCCAUCAUCAAGUGGCCAAAGAGGCCCUCAUGGUACCAGCCACCCCCUCCUCCACCACCUCCUCCUCGUCCUAAACUGGCCACCACACCCAUCAUCCCACGACCACAGAAACCAGCCUCCUCCAUGUCUGUACUGAGACGGCGCAGGGUCAGGUGUAAGCGCUGUGAAGCCUGCAUGAGACCAGAGUGCGGAGACUGUAACUUCUGCAGAGACAUGAAGAAGUUCGGAGGACCGGGGAAGCUCAAGCAGACCUGUGUGCUGCGACAGUGUCUUUCUCCGGGCCUUCCUCUGUCUGCAGUGUGUGAGAUCUGCAAAGAACCCAAUCAGGAGGAAAGUGGAGACCCGUCUCUCACCCUGAUGGAGUGUUCCAACUGUGCGCAAAUAGUCCACCCUGCCUGCCUCACGGUUCAGGGUGAAGGAGUGGUGAAUAAAGACCUGCCCAGCUGCUGGGAGUGCCCAAAGUGUGUCCAAGGAAUCACUGACCCAGAGCAGGCUAAAGGUGACAAAGGUGAAGGCCAUCCAGUGAAGCGUAAAUCUUCCUCCCUCCUGGACGCUCGUAUGGCUAAGAUUUACCGACGACAGAGGCACAGCCGUGAUGGAGAUGACUCUGCCUCUGAUGAUGAUGAUGAAGCCUCUCAGAGAAGAAAGAUGGCUCUCCACGCUCGAGGAGGGAGCCACUCUGCCCGGAGAGGGUUUAAUGCCAACAGGAGAGGCCUGUUGAGAGGAGGCUCAGCCCAGAGAGGAGCCCGAGGAGGGCUCAUGACUCCUGGCUCCUCCUCCAUCCUCAAGCUAAAGCGAGGGAUGGGCAUGAGGGAGAGUGGACGGAGGGGACGGGGGGUGAGGCUACGGGGAGGCUCCAGGAUGCAGCGAAGAGGAGAUGAGUCUGAGGAGUCGGACGAUGACGACGACGACGACGAUGAUGAGGAAGAGGAGGAGGAAGAGGACAGCGAAGACGGAGACAAAGAACGACGGCAUCAUCGGCGAAGGAGGAGGCGGAGGACCGACGAUGAAGAUGAGGAUGAGGACAGUGAGGGGCAGGAGUUUGACCCUGAAGAGGAGGAGAUGGACACCCUGGAAGAUGAAGAGGAGGAAGAUGAGGAGGAAAUGGAAGAAGAAGGGUGCUGGGAUUCAGACCCAGAACCCCCGGUGCUCCUGGUGUCUGAUCUGAAUGAUGACCUGCUGAGUGGCUCCUACCUGACUGUGACCCUACAGCGCCCCCACAAGGCCAAGAGACAGUCCGGCUCCAUAGUUCCAAAGCUGGAAGCAGCCAUGGGUCCGAGGACAGGUGCAGUGGGUGCUGGUGGUCAGCAGGCCUUCAUCCAGAGAAAGACAGCACUGUCCAAACCUUCACGACUCAAGGGCACUGACACCGCAGCAGACGGCGUAAUCCCAAGAGGACCCGGCAGGCCGCGUCUGCGGAGUAACCAUGGCGACAGAGGCACCAGAGAUCGCUCAGCGUCCUCUUCAGAGGAGCAGGAAGCUGCUCCUCAUGCAUCCUCCUCCCUGUCUCCUCCGUCCCUGCUGUCUCUGCCGUCCUUUAAGGACGUGGGUAAUGAGAAAGGAGGGGAGAAGGAGGUGUGGGUGUCUGUGUUCACCUACUUGAGCAGAGCGGAGCUUCUGGCCUGCAUGACUGUCUGUAAGGCCUGGUACAAGUGGUGCUGUGACAAGCGUCUGUGGAGCCAUGUGGAUGUGAGUCGGUGCAGUCCCCUCAGUAACCAGGCUCUGGCAGGCAUCGUCAAACGCCAGCCCACCUCUCUUGACCUGUCCUGGACCCCCCUGGCCAAGAGGCAGCUCAACUGCCUGCUCAUCAGGCUCCCAGGUCUGAGGGAGUUGAGCGUCACUGGUCUGUCCUGGUCCUGUCUGUCAGCGCUGGUCUCUCCUACUCUACCCUACCUGCGACUCCUGGACCUGCGCUGGUGUGAAGGUCUCAAAGACACCCAGAUUAAAGAGAUCAUCACCCCGCCUGGUUCAGAGUCGUCUCGCAGCAGACUGAGGAACAUGGUGACGCUGCGUCUGUCCGGUCUGGACAUCAGCGAGUCCACUCUGAGACUGCUGCAGCGCCACAUGCCUCAGCUGGAGAGGCUGGACCUGGCUCACUGCAAGGGCAUUACAGACUCAUCCAUCACCCUGCUGGCUGCAGCCGGGACUCACACCCGCAACAACCUCACUGAGCUCACACUGGCAGGCUGUAACGAGCUGACAGACGGCUGUCUGUCCUACCUGAAGCGUCUGUCCUCCCUGACUCUGCUGGACCUCAGAGGCUGCAGUGGCAUCAGCAGACGAGCCUGCGACGCCUUCAUCUCUGACCUGUCCCACGUCGCCCUCUACUGUAUGAUGGAGGAGAAGCUAAUCCAGCGCCUGGACUAAAAAGCAAACACAUCUCCGCGUGGUUGGCUGUAGGAGAGGAGAAGAGAUGCUUUGUCAGAUUUAAUUUUUUUUUUUUAAUUUUAUGUUUUCACCCUUUAGUGUGUGUUGUUCUUCAGAAUGUGAAGAGCAGCAAACCUGCAGUUAACACCCAAAAUAAAUCCUAAAAUCAGUGUCCUCUUGUACAACCUGUAAAUAAAAACCUCUCUGACAUGGUUGGAAGGUGUAUGUUUUUCCUGUGUUAACGGGGGCGAGGCUAGCAGCAGCUAGUCUUUGUGCUAAACUAGGCUACACAAAUCCUCUCAUCUUACACAUAAGCUUUUCUCCAGAAUGUCAGAAUAUUUCUUAAGAAAGUCUUAAAUCACUGACUCCAAAGAUUUUUGUGGUUCACAUGCUUCAGCACCCUCUAUCAUUGAAUGUACACAUGCUGUUCGUCCAGAUGUGAUGACUGAGCUUAACCAGAGUGGUGGUUAGGGAAUUGUAUUCUGUGUGUGUACAGUGACUUCCAUGCAUAUAUGUGUUUAUUUUUUUUUUAUAUUUCAGCCACAUUAAGAAAGAAUCAGGCAUUUGACAUUGUACUUGUACAUUUUUUUCUAACAUAUUGUGAAACUUAAUAAAAAUGUGAGUUA